CGGCCCUAAAUGAAGCCGAUAAACCCGACCCGAGGCCCAAAAGGAAAGUGUCUUUGAAUUUUGGUAGAAAGAAAGAACUCAAAUCUUCCAAAUUUGGAAUCUCCCAAUAUCUCCCGCCAAAGCUUGUCAUUCGAAAUCGUAAGCUUAAUUGAACAACACAGCUGUUCCAUUCCCCAAAUUUUCCAAUGUCAGCUUCUUUACCCAAGAUGGAGGUGCUUUAUUCCAAGCUCUACGGCAAGUACACUAAGCUUAAGAAAGAAAAAGACACGAGCAUGGAGAACCUGAAUCGGGAACAAGAGGAGAAAUUUGUGAAAUAUGUAGCUGCUGCCGAUGAAAUGAUUGAAUACUUGAGAAACGAAACUGACAGACUACGCGAACAAGUUAAUGAGUUGAGGAGUGAAAUGGCAUCAAUGAGGUCUGCCAAAGAUGAAGAGAAGAUUCAAUACCAAACGCUUUUGAUGGAAGAGAACCUAAAGAAUAAAGAACUUCGUGAUGAAAUUCAGAGGCUUCAACAGCUUGAUCAGGAGGGAACCUGUUUGAAUGGUAGCAGUGAUAAAGGAGAAAGCAGACAAAUUAUUAGUGUUGGGGAUUCUCUUCCAGAUGCAUUUGAUGGCUCAACCAUAGCAAAAAGGAAAUGCCGUAUGCAGUCUUUGGUCACUUUACAAGACACAGUUACACUGUCUCCCUUGGAAGAACUUCCAACUAGACCUGAACAACCUAGUACGAGUUCAUAUAGGUACACCGAGCCUGCUUGCUGUAGAAGAAAUGCUAACAUUUCAGGUGAUGGUGCAAGUGAUAUCUCUCCAGCCUCGUGCAUCUUCCAAGACCUUGUUCAGUGGCUAGUCGGUAUGAAAUUUUCUACUGUGACGGGAAAUGAAGAAUUAUGCAUAUUAGCGCUUCAUGAAUCAAGCGGAUUAUCUUUUAGUUUGACUGUGACAAAGAAUGCAUCUACAGAACCAGAAUUGGUGUACCGCAUGUUGUCCCUGGGGACUUUCGAGAGAGUGGCCCCUGAAUGGAUGAGGGAUACAAUCGCGUUCAGCCUGAAUAUGUGUCCAGUUUUUUUCCAGAGGGUGUCUCGUGUUAUAAAGCUCAGUUACUGACCCCCUUUCUUGUAAGUUCCAACUUAGAACCUGAUUGGGUUUAGUCUCGUGUAUAUGUCUCUCCAACUUGCUGGGUUGAGUUUAUAUUUUUCUACAUCCUCGAGCAGAAUUUGACCUUUAUAUAGCGCAUGGAGCAAAUUCUCAGUCUGAAUCGACUUUCGCUUUUUUUUUUUUUUGUUGAUUUUACAUUUUUACUCAAUCCAUGAGGGAGGGAGUUGAUUUAAUUCUGUUUAAGUCACCCUGCCAACUCUUAGAUCAAAUUUGAUGUAGCCAACUAUGAUGCCAUUAUCUAUAGUAACUGUGAAUUCUAUCAAAGAAAAGUUAAUUCUGACU